UUAAUCUGCUGUCGUUGGGAGAAACGGUAACCAAUCGGAAUCAAGAGUGGGAGGAGCUACUUAAAUGUGACUGAAAGAUGGGAAGGACAAAUCACGAGCGGGAUGAGUUUGUAAAUUACGAACAUUAUACUUUAAUAUAACAGAAGAUAAGACGCAAAUGAUUGAAUGUUCGGAUUUGGCAGCUAACAUUAGCUUCACAGACACUCCGACGUUAACUGAAAAGAAGCAAAGUGGAAAUAAUGUGUUGGGUGUCAGUCUGUAUGAGAAGCAGCAAAUAAAUGAAACGUUUGGUGUCUCAUAAUCAUGCUGCCGCUGCGGACCGUGUGUGGUGGGAUAUGGAGAGCUGCUGUGCACACAGUCAGGACGAGCCGUGGAGCUCCACCCUACAGGCUCCUCUCUUCUACCUGUGAUGGAGCCCCGGCUGCACUGGCUGAUGCUGACACCAUCUUUGCGCUGUCGUCCGGGCACGGCAGGUGUGGGGUGGCAGUGGUACGUGUCAGUGGUCCCGCCUCAGCUACGGCCCUGAGGGGUAUGGCUGGGUUCACGCAGCGUCUGCCCCCUCCACGCACCGCCCUGUUACGCAGCAUCACAGACCCCCGCUCCACAGAAGUGCUGGACCGUGGGCUCGUCCUGUGGUUCCCAGCUCCUCGUAGUUUCUCCGGAGAAGAUAGUGUGGAGUUCCAUAUCCACGGAGGUCCCGCAGUCAUUACUGCUGUCUUACAGGCUCUUGGAAGCGUGCCUGGCUUGAGGCCGGCCGAAGCGGGGGAGUUCACGCGGAGAGCUUUUCAAGCAGGGAAACUCGGUUUAACGGAGGUGGAGGGGCUUGGGGAUCUGAUCCACGCAGAGACAGAGGCCCAGAGGAGGCAGGCUCUUAGACAGAUGUCAGGCGAACUGGGACGCCUGUAUCAGGACUGGAGCGACAGACUGAAACGGUGUCUGGCCCACGUCGAGGCCUUCAUAGACUUCAGCGAGGAUGAGCUCAUUGAGGACGGGGUCUUGAACCGAGUGGAUGUGUCAGUACGUGAUCUGCAAGCGGAGAUUGAGCGACACCUGAAGGACGAGAGACGGGGCGAGCGGCUUCGCGGCGGGGUCCAGGUGGUGAUCGCGGGAGCUACUAAUGCGGGAAAAAGUAGCCUUCUUAACAAACUCUGUCAGAGACCUGCAGCCAUUGUGUCUCCCAUUGCCGGCACCACCAGAGAUGUGGUGGAGACGGCUCUGGACCUCGGUGGGUUCCCCGUCCUCCUGAGUGACACAGCUGGCCUCAGAGACAGCUCGGACCUGGUGGAGAGAGAGGGCGUCCGCCGCGCUCGGGAAAGGGUGGAGCAGGCGGAUCUGACGCUGGUGGUCGUGGACUCUGCUCAUCUCCCCUCUGAGGUUGACCGAGCCGCGGCGUUCCUUCGGGAACACCUGAGCAGUGUGCUGCCUGACACAGGCAGGUGUCUCCUGGUGUUGAAUAAGGCCGACCUGCUGCCUGAGAAGCAGAGACAAAAGCUGGACAUGGAGCUGAGAGGUGUCUCUGGUCUCCCUGCUGUCUGUCUGAUCUCCUGCCAGACUAACGAGGGACUGAAGGACUUCCUCACAGUGCUGCACAGCAGUGUCAAGACUCUGUGUGGCGACCCUCUGUUCGGUGCCCCCACCCUGACACAGGCUCGCCACAGGGCCCACCUGCAGCGCUGUGCGGCGGCUCUGGCUCAGUAUCAGCGGUACCGUGACACUGACCUCGCUCUGGCAGCCGAAGGUGUCCGUUUAGCUGUCACCAGCCUGGGCCGGAUCACUGGACGGGUCGGGGCAGAGGAGAUCCUGGACAUCAUCUUCAAAGACUUCUGCAUUGGAAAAUAAAUGAGUGAAAAACUGACAGAUAUGCGAUCGCCGGCUGCUCUGAGAGGAAAACUGCAUUCCUGCAGUCUCACGGUGUCAGAAAACAGGAGUGAAAGGACACAGCUGGGCGCUGGGCCAGGCGUCGACACAGUCGCAGCUGAAAGAAAAAACUCUGUGUUCUUGGCCGCCGAACGCGUGCGCUCCCAGGACGCUAAAAUGUUUUCUGUUGAUGCUUUUUAUCAGGCCGAAAUAGUUUGAGCAUGAUGACAGGUGCCUCAAAGGCCCAAUAUACCGAACAAGUGUUUGGCAAGCCUUGAGUCGUCGUUUGAAAAUAGAUGUCGAAAGCCUUUGAUAGGUGAAGAUUGGCCUCCUGGGCUGCAACAUAACAGCCCAGAUCUUUUAAAAUAUAACCUGCAAGGUCAUGGACUGAAAGUUUGGAUGUUUACUUGUGCUGCAGGAAAAUGACUUAUUUUUUUUUACUUUGCACCUUUAUCACAUUUAUUUAUUUUCCAAAAAAUAACUAAUAAUAAUCAGAAUGAUUGUAUCGGUUUGUUACAUGUUGCUGUCUUACGUUACUUUGGACCCUUAAAUAAAUGAGAUCGUGUGUAUUUUUGUAACAAAUAAAAAUUCUCUUUAAA